CAAAUCACCUCCUCGCCUUCGCCCUCCUGCGAGCAGCCACGCUUUGCCUUUCAUGAAUCACUCACACAUGUAUUAUUCGGCAUUACUAAAAUCACUCUCGUUUUUAAGUGGAUGAUACGAAUAAUAUAAUUUGAUAGCGAAAAGAAAACUAAAAGUGGAUUUGUUGCCAAUAAGUCGACGUAAGCAACAAAGUAGCCGCUCGCGCUCAGUGGUGGAGUUCUCAAUUAUUGUAACUUUUUAUGUUUUUUUUUCUCCAAAGAACGAGAGCUUCACGCUUUUAGGCGCACGGUGCGUUGAAAAAUAACUAUUUACAGAAAAAUAUAAAAUUGCAUAUUUUUUAUUGUGGUUGGUUGCCGAUGACAGUGAUUAUCCGGGGGCAACGUCAAACGGCUUUAUAGCGUCAACCCACCCUGGAUGGAGCAAUCCGGUUAACUUUAUAGCAAUAGCAAAGCUCUGUUUGUAGGCUAACUGUCAUCGUGCCCGGUUAGUGUGAGCUGGAUAUCCCGCCACGGCACUAUGGGCUGCGGGUUGAGGAAACUGGAAGACCCAGAGGACAGUAGCCCCGGGAAGAUAUACUCCACUCUGAAGAGACCGCAAGUGGAGACCAUAACAGACACCGUUUACGAGUAUGUGCUACUGGACUUCAGUUUGGAAGGUAGUCGCCCCACUGUGCAGUAUAUGUCCUCUCUGUGUGAGCUGCCACAGGCCCUGCAGCCCUACUACAUCCAGGGCUAUGUCCUCACCACCCUGCAUCCCAUUAUCCUCUCUGUUGGACGCACACGCUCCCUGCCCUUCAGCCUGCUCUACCGAGCCAUCCUCACCCGCCCACGACCCAGCAAGCAGGCGGUGUCCAUGUGUCACAGUGUUCCGGUGUUGAGGGUGGAGGAGUGGCCUAUCACAGGACAGUCUCUGACGGGUGACAAUGUUAGAGCACUGAUUGACAGGGUGAACAGUCGUGCCCAGGGGGGCGUGAGGUUUGUGGGCUCAGUGCUCCAGCCGGCUGGAGGAGGGGCCAGUAACGAUAGGAUGCCUAGCCCUAGGAGGGGCUGCCGAUCACUCCCACGCACUCCUCCAUGUACCCCUCCUGGUGAUGGAGACACAGACCUGGAGGAGCACAGCCCUACCAACAGCCCUGACCUGAGGUUGCUGGUGUUUUUCCACUCGUGGGCACCAGGCUGUGCUCCUCUGGACGCUCUGGGCUGCCAGUACCACCAGGGGGCGUUGUCCAUGCGCGUGUCCAGGAAGGGACCAAUGGUCAGCUCGCUGGAGGCAGAUUGGCUGGAGCUGACUGCAGCCUACUACUGCAAAGGCUGGUCAUUGGUGGACUCGUUUGUGUACUGGGACACACCCAAAGGUGAGCCUGUGCCCAGGUCACUAGAGGGGCUGUUUGUCUAUGAGGAGAGAAGCACUGCCCCUCCUGCCAAUGACACUAUCGUAGUGGAGCAGUGGAUCGUCAUCGAGGGUUCUGAUGUGAAGACAGAUUACGGGCCACUCCUUCACACACUGGCUGAGUUCGGCUGGCUGCUCACCUGUGUCCUGCCCACACAUAUCAUCCGCCAUGACAGUGAUGGUAACCUGGCAACCAAGCAUGUGGUGUUCCUACAGAGACCAAUCAAGACCUCUUCAAUACCACAGAGGAACCAUGCCAGGUCCAUUCAGAGCGACGUGUCCACUGGCUCUGUGAGUCGAGGUGUGGGCAGCCCCCUAACACCCCCCAAUGUGGAGUUGUCCCCCACCGCUGGGGGUAUCGGGGGGUUCCCCGUCUUCGGAGGGGGAUACCAGCACCCUGUCCCACCUAGAGGGGGGCUUCGAGCAUGACGGGGUGGCAGAGUUGACCUGCAUGUGACCCCUGCUAUCCCUCUAAUCGCUUCCCUAACCAAGAAGACUAGAAAAGCAAAACUUGGCACGGUUUUUUAAAAUUAUGAAGUGUUAUUUUUAUACAUUUUGUUGGGAAAAGCAAGCUGUCGAGACACCUUUGUUCGUACCCUCACACAUAUGCACUUAACAGUCCAGAUUCACACAUCACAUCUCAUUGUUCACACAGCACCUUUUUCAUAUGAUGAGAAAGAACACACACAUUCACACAACUGUGACCAGCAGAAAGCACAGGACAUCUCCACAAUGACCGAGGGAACCAGGAAGAAGCUUCCAUGCAGACACACAGACCACUGGAUUGAUCUCUAACCAACUACACAGCUGGUUGUUGGAACGUGUCCCCACGUUUUGGGACCCCCCCCCCCCCAGAACUGCCAACACCUCCGUUCAAUACAACUUUAAUCUCAUCCUCUGGACGUGUAACAUCACACCUACUCUGGCACAUGGUGACACAGGCUAGAAGCACAGCUACAUUGGGUUGAAUACAUUGUAGUGCAGCUGACUAGGUAUUCCCUUUCCUGCUCCUCUCCCCUGUUGUCUCAAACACACCCAGCUGGAAGGAAACGUACCAGGUGGACAAAUACACUCUCACUGUGUGUUGGUGCUACUGUCCAGGGCCUUGCAGCAUUCAGCAAUAUUAUUCAGACAUCUUCCUGUGAUAGUUGUCAAACUAGGGCUGUUUUAGUUCAGGCCUGGAGAAGAUUAUUUGUACAGUAAUUGCAUGGGUGAGUUUUAUUUCCACAUACCAGACUGCUAAGCCACAGUGUUGCCUGGGAAUUAAUUGAUAACAUACUGAACCUUCUCCAGAUAUGUACAUUGUCUGAUUGUUCACGAUGUCAUCAUUAGUGUGCAUUUUUAUUCAUUGGCAUCAGAUCAGAUUCUAUUCCUGCACCUAUUGUCAUUCGAAAUAGCUGGUAGUUAUUAUUUCAUGGUACUGGUUAUCAGGCCUCAAUUGUUUUCAUUCUGCCCAGUGAUAAUUCCUUUCCUCAGUUCUUCAGACAAAGGCCCUAUUGUGUUACUAAGGGAGAUGACAUUUGUUUAAUACUAUUAAAGUAUUUGUAUAAGAGAA